CCCGACCUUAUGUUUCAAUACUUUUAUGCGAAUUGACAGUUAUGAAAAACCUUGAGCACACCAAUCUGAUCCGAUUUCUUCUUCCAACAAUGAGAGGAAAUUUAACAGAUAUCGACACAUGUGAGGUUUCAGAGAUCAAUUCCAAGAGCAUACUAUUAUCAAAGUACUGACUGUUGGGUGCAGCAUUAUACAAUCACAAUUUUCCUUUGCGACAAUGUAAUCAGAACAGGAAACUGUAUCUCACCAUCUUAUUAUAUUCACUUACAACUUUACCAUAAAAUUCAAUUGUGAAAUUGACAAAAUUCUGUUUUUGUCUCGUGAGCACCACUACAUAGAUCUCUUGGGAUUAGGUAAUUUAUAUUUAUCUUGAUGAGCCUCAUGCAUUGGAAGGUGUGGCGACAACAAGGGAGUGGUUCAAAUUCUGACUCAAUGAUUAAAUUUUUCUUGGGUCACUGAUCUAUUGAGGAUUAAAAGUAUUGUCCAAUUUGUUCUACAUGUAUGAGUAUUCUUACGAGAAUAAAGAACUAUUAUGCUCACUCCAAAUCUCAGUAUAAUUUCCUGGUAGAAUCUUGGUCCAGCAAAGGCGGUAUGGCGGUAUGAUUUCAGAAUCAUGAGGAAAACUUGACUCGAAAAAUAAAUGGAAUUUGCCUCGGGAAAAUAAAUGCAAAUUUUUAUCUGAUGAUCACAACUAGAAAGAUGUUAAUUUUCUAAUUAAUGUAAUUUUUUAAUAACAAAAGUUCAAUGUUAAUUGCAAUAACCUUGGAAACUGUCGUAUCGCUGACAUAAUGUGGCUUUUCCAUUUCCUCUUAUUAUAAUUAAUUAUUUUACUUCCUGUUUGAUAUCUGCUAUCGCCACAUCGGCAUAUGCUAAAAACCAGUGUGCUUUCACCCUUCUUCACGAACUAAUGUGCUCUCUGUUGGGUGGUAAUAUUUGCAUAGAAUAUUGCACAUUGUUACAUUGAUUACUAGUUUGAAGUGACCCGUAAACAAAAAAAUGUAUCAGCAGAAAUACCUUACUAAUUGUAGUAACUAUCGCUACAAAAACUACAUGAAAAGCGGUGUAGCUAAUUUGGAAAUUACACAAAUCACUACCCAAAAUAUGAAAGGAACGGAUAAUAAUAUUACAUUGGAAACAAAGCCCCAAUACGUUUCGACAGCAUUUAUAAGAAGUCCAGAGAUCCCUGAAGUGAAUAGUAACUUCCUGCAGCCGAAAAACCAGACGGACAUUAGCCGUCAAUAUCAGAGAACUAAAUCUGAUGAAGUGAAUCAAAAUACAAAUGCACCAAUUACUUGUCUUCAAUCUGUGCCAGAAAAUAUUUGCCAAACUCACAUCACUUAUGAUGAUCGACCACUCAAAACACGGGGGACUGCUAUUGGAAAACCAUAUUAUAACCUCGGGGAAAAAGGAUCAGGAAUAAGAGCGCAAGGCGCGGUUCAAGAUUUUAAUCAGCUCAGGCAAGAAUGUUUGUCAAUGGGAAGAUUAUUCGAAGAUCCAGAAUUUCCGGCACAGGAUUCUUCUAUAUAUUUUUCGAGAAGGCCAGAUAGAUAUAUCGAAUGGAGACGACCAAUGGAAAUAGCCGACAGUCCUCAGCUUUUCGUUGAAGGAUUUUCACGAUUCGAUGUACAGCAGGGUGAACUUGGAGAUUGCUGGCUUAUUGCAGCUGUUGCCAAUCUUACAAUGCAUCCAAAUUUGUUCUUUCAAAUUGUGCCAGAGGAUCAGAGCUUCCAAGAGAAUUAUGCAGGAAUAUUUCAUUUUAGAUUUUGGCAGUAUGGAAGAUGGGUGGAUGUAGUGAUAGACGAUCGUCUGCCAACGUAUCAAGGAAAAUUGAUGUUUUUACAUUCAGCUGAAAACAAUGAAUUCUGGAGUGCCAUGCUUGAAAAGGCUUAUGCAAAACUCCAUGGUUCUUAUGAAGCUCUGAAGGGUGGCACGACUUGCGAGGCUAUGGAAGAUUUCACAGGCGGUGUAACCGAGCUGUAUGAAAUGAAUGAAACACCUCCAAACUUGUUUAGCAUUUUACUGAAAGCCUAUGAGAGAAACUCACUGAUGGGAUGUUCACUUGAGCCAGAUCCUAACGUACUAGAAGCUGAAACACCCCAAGGUUUGAUCAGAGGACAUGCGUACAGUAUUACACAAGUUAAAUACGUUGAUAUUAUGACACCGAAUCAGGUCGGAAAAAUUCCAUUAUUGAGAUUGAGAAAUCCGUGGGGUAAUGAGGCUGAGUGGAAUGGAGCAUGGAGCGAUCAAUCACCUGAAUGGAGAUUCAUUCCUGAUCAUGAAAAGGAAGAACUUGGCUUAACGUUUGAUGUUGAUGGGGAAUUUUGGAUGUCAUUCCAAGAUUUCAAGCACCACUUUACAAGACUAGAAAUCUGUAAUUUAAACCCGGAUUCCUUAACAGACAGCGAUCUCAGCGCCGGUAAAAAAAAGUGGGAAAUGAGUGUGUUUGAAGGAGAAUGGGUACGUGGAGUGACAGCCGGUGGAUGCCGUAAUUUCUUAGAAACAUUCUGGCAUAAUCCACAGUACCGUAUUACUUUGGAAUAUCCAGACGAAGGCGAUGACAAAUGUACAGUUAUUGUAGCUCUGAUGCAGAAAAAUCGAAGAGCCCAAAGGCGGAUGGGCAACGACUGCUUAACGAUUGGAUUUGCCAUGUACCAUUUGGAAGACCCUAGUAGGUUGCCAAAACCACUAGACAUUAAUUUCUUUAAGUACAAUGCCUCUGUUGCAAGAUCUCCGUCUUUCAUUAAUCUCCGUGAAGUCAGUUGUCGCUUUAAAUUGCCACCUGGGAGUUAUUGCAUUGUCCCUAGUACUUUUGAUCCUCAAGAAGAAGGAGAAUUCUUACUGAGGGUCUUCUCUGAAAAUCAGAACAACAUGGAGGAAAAUGACGACCAAGUUGGUAUUGGCGAAGUUGACGACCGGGUGACUAACCAUGGAGAUGAUAAGCCAGAAGGGCAAGAAAAUCCAGUACGUGAGCAGCCUGAGCAUGACAAAAAUGACGAUAAAGUACGAGAGUUCUUCAGAAAACUUGCUGGAGAUGAUAUGGAAGUGGAUUGGAUGGAACUCAAAGAAAUCCUGGACUAUGCGAUGCGUAAAGAGCUACCAUCAUCUGCUCGACGUAGCGAGGCUCGAAAUCCAGAAACUGCAGCGGGAGAUGGUUCCAUUGUCGACACCCUCAUCUCCUUAUUCUGUGGUGUUGUUUGUAAUAACGAGCAGUACAAUAAAUCUGUAGAAACACAUAACGAAGGAUUUAGCAAGGACAUUUGCCGCAGUAUGGUGGCAAUGUUGGAUACCGAUCAUUCUGGUAAACUUGGUUUUGAAGAGUUUAAAACACUUUGGAAUGAUAUCAGAAACUGGAGGGCUGUAUUCAGAUUGUAUGACAGAGAUGGUUCUGGUUAUUUGAGUGCAUUCGAAUUAAGACAAGCCCUAAAUAGUGCUGGAUAUCGCUUGAAUAAUCAUGUUUUGAAUAUAUUGGUACACCGUUAUGGAACUAAAGAUGGAAUGAUAACAUUUGACGACUACAUCAUGUGUGCAGUCCGACUCAAGACGAUGAUCGAUAUAUUCAGAGAACGCGAUCCAGAUAAGACAAAUACUGCUACUUUUACAAUGGAAGAAUGGGUUGAGAAGACUUUAUACUCAUAGUAAAAAAGUCAAAUACAGGAACAGCUUAUCAAGUAGCUGUGGUCCACGCUUAUACCCUGAAGUACCAUACUGGCAAGAUUUGAUGAGCCAGAUAGAAAUAUAUAUUUCUUACCACAAAACUAUUUUUUCUAUACUCUUUGGAUGCAUCAUCGACCAUGUUCUCUUGUGACUAAUAUGAAUCGAUAACGCCAAAUACCUAUUUUAUUCUAAUCUCUCGUACCUCAGGUGUGAUUCUUAGUUUCAUACGAAUAAUCAUUUUUUCAUACAUUCAAUUUGGAUGUAUUUGCACGAUGUCUGAACUAACGUUAAAAACUGAAGUAAAAUUGAUGACUGCCCUAAUAUAAAUCGAAGGCCUGAUUAUAGGAGGAUGAAAUUGCAAAAAACCGAGAUAUCGCAUAACUAAUAAUUCGAUCAUAGCUUUAAAUCAUUAUUCGUUAGAGAAAGGAAUUUCAUGAUUGGAAAUAGUGAUACCGCAUGACAAUUGUUUCAUUUUUGUAAAGCCCCAGAUUGGUGAAAGCGAAAUUUGUCAUGAAUUAUAAAUGAAUCAUCGUUGUAUUAUCAUUCAUCUUUAUUGAAAAUGAUAUUUGAAUACCUGUAUAAUUAUUCAAUAUGCAGUCAACAAAAAAAGAUACAUUUAUCAUUGUUUGAUGAAUAUGGAUAACCAUUUCCUUAUUACGAGCAUUUAUCUCUAUGUAUCGUUAAUAUAUGUCAUGUUAUAUCUAUGGUAAAAGUUAAUACUGGAAAAUAUUAUUCAUUACAUCGAAAGAUAGAACUAAAAGACGUUCGCAUUGCCUCGCCGGAAAUUAUUAUACAAAAAUUGUUACAGCAAUUAGAUAAAUUAUAGACGGCUCAUGCCGAAUGAUAUUUAAAAAUACAUAUUUGUAUUAUAGGUACUUAUUUUUAUAUUCUGUAAGAAAUCAAUAUGUAUUCUUCUUAUUGAUUAAAUUUAUGCAUGUUGCACUAA